UCUUGCCAUUUCAAUUUUCAAGUAGCAAAAUCCCGAUUUGUAUACUAAUUAACCACUGUACACACAAUCAGCAUGGCUACUACGCCGGCGAGGACAGGCCCAAUCAGAUCAUGCCACGUGGUGGCCAUCCCUUACCCCGGGAGGGGCCACGUCAACCCCAUGAUGAACCUCUGCAAGCUACUCGUCAAUUCCCAUCCCCACCUCCUCAUCACUGUCGUCGUCACAGAGGAGUGGCUCGGCUUCAUCGGCGCCGACGAGAAGCCGCCGGAAAUACGCUUCGCCACCAUCCCCAACGUCCUUCCGUCGGAGCUGGACCGAGCCGCCGAUAUGCCCAGCUUCGUGGGGGCCACGCAGACUAAGAUGGGGGAGCCGUUCGAGCUGCUGCUCGACCGGCUCGACAAGCCGGUUGAUUUCAUCAUCGCCGAUACUUUCCUGAACUGGGCGGUCGAGCUCGGGAACCGGAGGAAUAUUCCGGUGGCGUCGCUGUGGCCGAUGCCAGCUUCCGUCUUCUCCAUAUUUUACCAUUUUGACCUCCUCCGCCACAACGGCCAUUAUCCAUUCGAUCUAGCUGAAAGAGGUGACGAACGUGUGGACUACAUUCCCGGAAUCGAAUCGAUUCGCUUGGCCGAUAUUCCGUCAAUCGCGCACAUGAAAGACCAAUGCCUCCUUAGAUUGGUCCUCCGAAUUUUCCCAAACGUACCCAAAGCCCAAUACCUUCUAUUCACUUCAAUAUACGAGCUGGAAUCUCGAGUCAUCGAAGCUCUAAAGCAAGAAUUCACAUUCCCAAUGUACACUUUCGGCCCCGCAAUACCUUACGCCAAUCUCGAAACCGCCACCUCAUUCUCAACCACCAAUAAUCAAAACGAUCACUACUUCGAAUGGCUAAACUCCCAACCCCCAAGCUCCGUGCUGUACGUUGCAUUGGGAAGCUUCCUAUCUGUUUCGAGUGCCCAAAUGGACGAAAUCGCCCUUGGAUUGUGCGAGAGCGGAGUCAAGUUCUUAUGGGUGGCUCGUGGUGAAGCGAAGAGGUUGCAGGAAAGAUGCGGAGAAAAUGGAAUCGUGGUGACUUGGUGUGAGCAAUUGAAAGUUUUGAGCCACCCUUCAAUCGGUGGAUUCUGGACGCACUGCGGGUGGAAUUCGACAAUGGAGGCUAUCUUUUGUGGUGUGCCGCUUAUCGCGUUUCCGUUAGUGAUGGAUCAAACGACUAUUCGUAAGCACGUCGUUGAGGAUUGGAAGAUCGGGUGGGAUGCUAAGAAGGGUGUGGGCCCGGGAGAAUUGUUGAAGGGCAGGGAAAUCUGCGAGCUUGUUAAAAGGUUUAUGGAUUUGGAGAGUCUGGAGAGGAAGGAGGUUACUAAAACGGCUAAGGAGUUUCGAGAGAAGACUGUUGCAGCGGUUUCGAAUGGGGGUUCGUCGAAGACGAACCUCACUUGUUUUCUCAGUGACAUUUUGUCAUACAUUUGAAGAGCAAUGUUUUUUUAAAGCAUGUUGUGGAAGAAGCUUCACUUGUGAAGAUUAAUGUUUUAGUGUUGUCGUUUUUCUUGUUUCUUUUUGUGUAAUUUUACUUGGAAACUAAUAAAAGAUGGUAAAUUGGGGCUCA